AUGACUCUACGCGUCGCCCCAAAGCUGGCAAUAGAUAGGUCUGGGAGGACUGUCCCUGAGCCGGUUGUUGGCACGGCCAUAGAAGCCUGGAAAAACGGCUCUCUGAGUGGCAGGCAAUUACAUGACAAGUUGGGACUCACGAACUUCGCAGUUAUUCCGGCAAUCUACAACUGUUUCAAUGCGCCGUACGAGGGGCUGGAAAGAGGGGACGGACAGCCGUGCUUUUACGUGAGGACUCCGAUCCCGGUGAUUGGAAUGAACACGGUGAAUAACCCGAAGAUGCUCCGACGGCUCGUUCUGAGUAUUGACGUCCCCGUGCAAGUCAUAGUCAUCGUUGUGAACACCAUUCCGGGAGAAGCCGGGAAGCAGGAUGAGCAGGAUAUGAUGGCCGUUAUAGACGAGCUGCAAGAACUGAUCGGGAGGGCCUUCUUUAAGGUCAUCAGAAGCGGGUGCAACCGGGGCUGUGCCGGUGGUUGGAACUCCAUUAUCCACUCGACGUCGAGCGCUCCUUGGUGGCUCGUCAUCAAUGAUGACGCAGCCUUUACGCCCGGCGCGCUGCGCACGCUCCACGAUUACGUCAGCGGCACGCCGGACGUGGCCGUGUAUAAGCUCACGGGGUUCCAAGUGUUUGUGCUGACGCAGCUCGCGGUGGCCAAAGUGGGGGUGUUCGACGAGAAUAUCUGGCCUGCUUACGCCGAAGACUGUGACUACGACCUACGUAUCCAGCUCAGCGGAGUCUUGGUCGCUCCCAGACCCCCUGAAUUUACCAAUAUUCAUGGGGACCCAGAGUCGGGUGCUUCCUCGUCUCUUGUGACUUCCAGGGGGGGUGGUCACCCCGACUACGGGCGGCGGAACCAAUGCUCCCAUACGAACAACAGGAUGUAUUACCAGAAGAAGUGGAAUUUGUCUUCCCAGAGUUGUGGGAAGCAGCUUGAGGGGAUGUUCCUCACGCCGCACGGCAACCCUUCUCGAAGCCUCGCCAGCUGGACGUUCGACGAAGCGCUUCGUGCCCGGUCCGAGACGUGCUGGGAUCCGGCCAACAGUAUAGACAACUGGGUUCAAGAGGACGGUCCAAGCUUCUUCGCCGAGGAUUGUAAUGUAAUCGUUUUUGGAAAUGUUCAUCCGUGUGAGUGUCACGCUUACGUUAUCGAGUCGCACGUGGCGUGGGUCAGCCGUGUUGCGUCCUAG